CAUUCACGCUGAGUUAACAGUAGAUCAGUGUUUUAAACUGAUUAGCCCUGGAUUAGUCUGUUCAAUUUCUAAUCCAAACCAGUGCACUGUGCCUCAUGCUAAACAAUGCACUGUCUCAGUGCAGUAUCUGUGAACAACUCCAGAGGGAAGUCAUGUGUUGUCUUUAGAAAAUCUUUGCACUGAGCAAGAUGUCCAACAUAUACACUCUGAGAGAACUUUUCGGUGGCCAGUGGUCAUCUGAUGCACGACUUGAUGGCAAAACAGUCAUUAUCACUGGAGCAAAUACUGGCAUUGGAAAAGAAACCACAAGAGACCUUGCAAAACGCGGGCCCAGGAUAAUAAUGGCUUGCAGAGACAUUGAAAAAGCAGAAAGAGCACAGAAAGAGAUAAUGGAGGAAUCAGGAAACCAAAACAUAGUAAUCAGAAAACUAGACUUGUCUGACACCAAGUCAAUAAGAGAAUUUGCUGAGGUUAUCAACAAUGAGGAGAGAGCACUUCACAUACUCAUUAACAAUGCUGGGAUCAUGAUGUGUCCCUACUCUAAAACAGCAGAUGGUUUUGAGAUGCAGUUUGGUGUCAACCACUUAGGUCACUUCCUGUUAACCUUCCUGCUGAUUGAUCUGCUGAAGAGAUCCACCCCCUCAAGAAUCAUCACCCUUUCCUCCAUGGCUCAUAGUUGGGGCACUAUAACACUUGAUGAUAUCAACAGCGAGAGGAAUUACCACAGUAGGAGGGCAUAUGGUCAGAGUAAAUUGGCUAACAUCCUUUUCACUCGUUCCUUGGCCAAAAAACUCAAGGACACAGGUGUCACAGCAUAUGCAGUCCAUCCAGGAAUUGUGCGAACAGAACUUAAAAGACAUAUGAAUCUGGGGCUUCUAAUAAUGUGGAAAGUCGUCAGACCUUUCACAAAGACCCCAGUGCAGGGAGCACAAACUACCAUCUACUGUGCAGUACAACCAGAAUUAGACACAGAGAGUGGUGGUUACUACAGCAACUGCAGACCUUCGAGAUGCACCAGAGCUGCUAGAGAUGAUGAAAUGGCUGAGAAACUUUGGGAGCUCAGCUGCAAGAUGCUGGGAAUACUCUGGGAUUGAACGCAAUGAGUGGAAUUUUCUUUGUUUCCCAUGAUCAAUUCAGUUAACCCAUCCAACAUGCACACUCAAGCAAAAAAAUCAAUGACACAAACCUCAUCAAUAAAUAUUUAUUGUUCAGUAGCAUGUUUUUAUUUCAAAGUCAACAAAAUUGCCCAAUUAGAAUAAUGAUUUUCCAUUCUUGCACAAAAAACAAAUGGAAUUAGUUCUCAACUUGCAUUAUAAAAUUAAAAUCUUUUGGAUAGCAGCCACAAUGGUCUAGAUUCUGAUAUAGGCAAUCACAUUAUAUGGCAAGCAAAUUCCCAUACACUGACAUUAAAGUCAGGUUCAGCUGUUUGAUCUUCCAUAGGCAAUAUUUCCUUAAACCCCACACUGCUUAACAACACAGUUUUGUGGGAACUAAGCUAAUUUGUCCUCUUAUCCAGGAACAAUCAGAAUGAGCCCUGCCUAUAUACCCUUUUUUUUUUUUUUGGUGAUUUCUGGUCCAGUUUAUUUGAUCUGUUUGUAAUACAUAUAUUUAUUAAAUUUAAUCUUGUAAAGCAAAAUUAAGUUUCAUUGAUGUCAAUCAGUUGAGGAUGUCUGCAUGUAUAUUAAACAACAGCUGUUGUGCUAAAGGAAAUAAGUAUAUAAGACCUAUAUACAGUUGUUAUAUACCCUUUAAUAAGAUAGAUCCUUUGUAGAGGUGUUUAAUGUAUAUUUUAUUUGAUACCAGCACAAUAAAAAUAAUCACGUUUGAUGUGAUAAUGAUGACA